GUGCGGAGCAUACGGGAGUGGAGUAGAGAAGACUGCAGAGGAGAGAAAGAGGAGAGGAGAGGAGCGAGAUGGAGGGGGAUUUGCUCUCCCAAUUAUUUCUCAACCAUUUGGUGCUGGGGCAGCUUGAACUCGCGCGAGCAGCUGCUGAAGAUCUGUUUCGAAAGGACCGGCGGCGAGCGCUUUGCAAUUUGCGUGAUGUGAUCGUAUUAGGCGGGAAACUUCACGAAGUCGGAUGCUUGAAGUCCAGUUCGGUGAAGUCGGCAGCGCACUUGGUGUGGUUUUGCCUAGGCGAGUAUGUGCGGUUACUUGCCAUUGGAGGCUGUCAAGAGCGGCCACGUGGCGUAAUAGAUCGGGCGGAAUUUGAAUUGUUGUUGGAAUCUCUGCCACGUGGAGUAGGAAAUGAAAGUGAGCCGGGAGACGUGGGGAUAAAUGAAGGCGCCGACGGAGUUGAUGCUGGUGCUGCUGCCGCUGGCGAUGAUGAAUCUGCCGGGAGAGGAGGAGAAGCGGCGAUGAUGAGCGACGAUGAGCUGCGGGCCUUACUCCGGAGAUACUGGGGAUGGAGCGCGGAGGAGCUGAUCGCUCUGAAUGUUCCCGGAACGAUCGACGAAGUGGGGGAGGUGGUUGUGGAGGGAGGAAGAGGAAGGGAUAGGGAAGUGGGAGAGGAGGAGGAAGACCGCAUGGGCGAGGGGAAAAGAAGGCAAACGGCGUCGUCAUCAUUUCCAAGUGCUGAGUCAUCGGUGAAAACGGGGCGAGGAUCAGGAGUGCGAAGGUCGAACGGUGUUUCAGCACCUGCUGAGAGCGGAGAGGCGCUGCCACGUGGCACGAAGCGGGCGCUGCAUAGACUGCUUAUGCAGCGUCCGGAGCUUGUGGAUGCGCUCUGCCGAAAUGCGCGUAGAAGGCAGCAGCUGGCAGUAGGACGCAUGCCGUCGUCCUCCGUUAUGGAACCAAGCAGCGGAAAGGAUGCUGGCAAGGAGGAGGAGGAGGAGGAAGGAGGAGGGAAAUCGGGGGCUAAAGAGAGUGAUGCGCUCUUCCGGGCCAUUCAGGACGCGCAGUUUUCUGUCAUCAACGCACUUAUCGACACGGGGGAGUACGAGAGUGCCUGUGAAAGGUUGCGUUAUUUCACCGAUGAUCGUUACGACAUGUCUCAGCAGGAUAGACUCAGAGAAGUCCUUCUGCGGCUAGCGGCGAAGGCCGGUCUGAUUGAUGAUCGAGGGGAGGAGGAAGAGGAGGAGGAGGAGGAGGAGGAGGAGGAGAACCCAGAGGACAGUCCUUACCUAGCGGCCAAACUCAUCGAGGGUGCUAUGGCCUCGGGCUGUACGGGCGUUCUCGUGCUGUUGGAGUCUGUUCUCGAUGAGGCAAUCAGGGCGAGCGAUGAUCGCAACAACUGUGUCGGAGGAUUGCAGGGAGUACCGGCGCCUCUUGUCAACUUCUGCGGAGCACUUGACAAACUGAGAAGAAGAGCACUCGGUGGGCCCGUUGAUGAUGCUCUCAUGAAAUCGGCAUUGUUUAGGUGUUCAAUAGAGCUAUAUCAUCAUGCGCGGGUAAAGGGAGAGCACGUGCUAAGUCGUGCAGCAAAGAUUGCUGUGGAGGCUGUGCAGCACCGUGAAUUUGGAUUAGCGUCCGACAUCCUAAGGCUGUUUCCACGGAUGCGACCGCUUAUGGCGGUUAUGGGUUGGGAUCUUUUGGCGGGAGACAUAGGAGCGAGAAAAAACAUGAUGCAGGUGUUGUGGACGACGACGGAUCAUGGGCAAUUGUUAGCAGCCUCUCCGGACAAUGAGCAAUCUUUGAUUGAGCUGUUAUGUGACCAGCUGUGUUAUCAUCUGAGGCUAGCAUUCUUCGUGGGGGACAGGUACUGUGGUGAUCGUGCCCGACGUGAUGGGUCUGGAGUGGAGGCCGGCGUAGGUGCAGCAGCGGAUGAUGAUGAUGAUGUGGGAGGAGGGCAAUCGGCUUACGAAUUUGGCGCCAACUUAAUGCUUGAGCUGCUGGGGAGUCUCUCUUCCAUUCGCGUUCUGUACGAUGUAGUUCCCGACAUCUCGGCGGACAACGCCUUGGAGCUGAUUAGCGCUCAGCCGGUGUUCAAGAAGAGAGCAUUGAUAGCCGGGAGAGAUCAUGACGUUGAGCUGGUGCAUAUGAGCUAUGCAAUUCAGUCUGCGGUUUCUGCGCUUCAGGCCAUGGAUUAUGCCUCUGCGACUGCUGCGGAUCCACGUGGCGAUCUGUGGAGGAGCGGGGGCGCCUCGUGUAUGCCCUCGCUCGUGGAACUGUCGAGGCAUCUCUAUGCCCUCUCGACGCCCCUCCGACGGAUCUGGAUGAUUGGUGUCAUUCGUCAUCUGCUGCACAUGGACAUCGGAGUGGGGGGACCGAUGGCAGCGGGUUCGGGCCCCGGACAGGGCGGCGAUGGGGCAGGUCAAGGUCGCAGGAUGCCGGCACGGAUGAGAAGUCGGAAUAAGAGUGGGAGGGCGGAGGACUGUGGGCUGGCCGUCGAUUUCAUCAGCCAGCUGCUGUCCAUUCUCAGGCAAUGUCUGCCUUUAGGUGGGCUGGACCCUGGCGGUGUUGCCGUAACUGCAGCUUCCGGAGAAGAAUCUUAUGUAGGAGGGGCACACCCUGCCGCAAAUUUGGUGUGGAGGAGAAUGGCCGAGGAAGCGCUUCGGUUUAUAGAGGAUUGGGAGUGGCGAGUUGAGGUGCUGCGGCGCAUGGCACCAGGCCUUAGCCGCGAAUGGGAGUGGAAAGAGGCCCUUUGUCUGCUUAGGGCAUCUCCCAGCAGUCUGCUGAACAUGUGCGUUCAAAGAGGGGAGUACGCACUGGGGGAGGAGGCCGUCUCCCGGUUUCGCCUGCCGCCGCAUGAAGCUGCUGCUCUGCAUUUGGCGGAGUGGGUGGAUGGUGUCGGCGCAAAAGCUCUGGCAGAGGGUGGUGAGAAAUCGUUGUCGUCAUCCAAGGGCGGCUCCUCAUCAGACACGUUGAGCUUGGCAUCUCUACAGGGGUCCCUGACCCCGCUCACCAGUUUGAUGCUGUGCUUGGAUAUUGCUGCGACGGCAGCACGCAUGCCUGCUGUGUGCAAAGGCCUGCUGUCGCAAGCCCACGCUGCUGCAUCCAAAUUGCAGCAGCUAGCAGUGGCCAGGCAGAAUGGUUCUGGAAGCUCCGAUGGCACUCCCCAGCAUGACGACGCCAUCGUGCACGUGGCAAGGCAGUUCCUGCAGCGGCUUCAGGAUCUUCAGGAGCAGGAUGGCUCUCAGCCGCUGCACAAACUUCUGGCCAGGAUGGCUGACACAGCCGACACUCUGAGCACGUCCGUUUUUGAAGGCUUGCUUCCGCCGAGGGCCCGACAACGAGCCAUCGAUGCGUUGCACCAGGCCAUCGAGGAUGCCUUCCAGGGAAAGAGACAGUUCCUCAGUGGGAAGCUUCAUAACCUUGUAAAAGCCCUGUCGGAAGAGGAUGGGGAUGGUCUGCCUCAGCUAGAGGUGCCGACCUCGCGGAGCAAGGGCAGUUUGUUGGAGAAGGGACUUGGGCUGGGCCUUCGGUUGGCCGGGCGAAGCCCUGGUCCAACAACUCCUGCAGUGUCCUCAGCAAUCCUGACGUCGCACACCCCUCGAUGUGCUGCCGGUGUCGGAGGGACGGGUCUUGCACCAUCACAGCGCUCGCUUCUCCUCUCGAAGAGGGUCGAGGGUGGGAGCGUGAUGUCUGCUGCAGGAGGAGCACAGGGAUCCCGGUCACCAUGGGUGACACCCGCAAACAAACUGCUCGGGUAUCUUCCAGCAUUUGUGCAUUACAUUGCCACCACUGGCGAUAUCGUGGAUGACAUUGACACGACCCACACCUUCAACUUUUUCUCUUUGGUGUACGAGAGGCCCAACGACCUGUUGACGAGACUGGUUUUUGAGAGGGGGAGCACGGACGCAGCCGGAAAGGUGGCAGCUUUGAUGGGGGCUGACCUUGUCCAUCAGGUGAUCUCUGCUUGUGUGCCGCCUGUGUACCCUCCUGUGCGCAGCAGCGGAUGGGCACAGAUCAGGAUGGUUGAGCGGCGACCCGUGCAACCCCUUGUUUCCAGCGGUGGCCAGUUGCAGCCUCAAGCUUCCGGUUCAGAACAAACACCACAGGUGUAUCCGCUGCAGGUGGAUGUGGUGAAGCAGCUUGCCAGCAUGUCCCCUGUGCGGGCAAUCCUCGCAGCUGCUUUUGGGAGCAGCCAGAUGACAUCUGCAUGUGUGCCGGGAGCACACCAGACGCUGGUCAUGGACAGACAGUUCUCUGACUUUGCUAUGGCGCAGGCGGAGCGGUAUCCGGCCCUGAAGCGCUGGCUCUUGGUGCAGAACACGGUACAAAAGUUUUCUGAGAAGUUUUCCUACCCGCCCAGAGCUUCCAAGGAUGAGGGUGCCGCCCAGGCUCCAGCGGUGAAACAGAGCCGGAGAAAGAGAACUCGACUGGAGGCGGAUUUGGAGGAGGGGAGAGAAGAGGGAGAACACCAGCAAGCAGAUACGGAACCUCAGGAGAAGAUCGGUUCACUUCAAGCAAGGGAGAAAGCAAGGGAGAACUGUGUCUUGAACCUGGCCAGUGAGACUAACGACAACGGUGCUGCCGCCUCCGCCACGAGUUGUUAUCCUCCAUGGCCCGGGGCCUUGGAAUGGCUUAGGCAAUCAGGUGCAGCCCCUAGUGGCCGCAGAGAUGCAGAGGUCCAAGCAACCAUCCUGCAGUACGAUUGGGAGGAUGAUAGACCUUAUCGGCAAGCGGUACAGCGGUUGAUGGAGGACGGGAAGCUUGCAGAGUCUCUGGUGAUGGCUGAUAAAUGGUUGCCGGAGGGAGCACCUGACCAGUUGCUGCAGAUGCUCAUGGAGCGCGAGCACAAAAUUGUGCAGUCAUCCUCCUCCAGCGUGCAUGCCCUCCAGAGCUGGCGCUUUUGCAUAAGAAUGCACGACAAAAGGCUUGCCGCCAAUCUUGCUCUCAAGCAUCUGCAUCUCUGGGAUUUGACUGCAGCCUUGGACGUGCUCAGCAUGUGCGAUUGCCACCUUCGGCCAAAUGAUAUGAGGAAGUCGGAGGUUCAACACAUGAGGAGGCAGUUGAAGCGAUACGAACGAAUCAUGAAGGCCGAUGGAUCGUUUGCAAGUUGGCAGGAAGUAGAAAUGAGUUACGCGCAGGAUCCGGAGGGCCUGGCCAUGAGGUUAUUGCAGAAAGGAGCUGUAGCUGUGGCAGUUGAGGUUGCCGAUGCCUGCAGUCUCUCCGAGGAGGUACGGCGAGAACUGCAGAGUCACUAUGUUGUCAAACUGAUGACGUCCGAUCCGCUUAAAGGAGGAGGUCCUGCGAAAGGUCUCAGGUUCCUGGAGAGUCUGAAAAGCGUUGAAGAUGCCCUUGCUGUGGGAAUGGCUGCCAUGAAGGAGUUGCCUGCAUUGCGCUUAAAGCAGCUGCUGAUAAACUACUUGCUUAAGAGGAGGGUGAAUAGCUUGCCGGAUGCAGCGCGCCAGAGGCUGGAGCGUCAGGCGAUGGGCUUGCAAAUGUUAGGAGCCUUACCGUUGCCUUGGCAACAGCGCUGUGCCAAUCUCCACGAACACCCACGACUCAUCCUGGAGACCCUGGUUAUGGGAAAACAGCUGCCGGCAGCAGCACAGCUCUUGAAGGUUUUCCCUUCGUUGCAAGAUGAUGUGCUCAUAGUGGAGUACGCAAAAAAAGCAAUUGCGGCUGCACCUGCUCAAGUCUGCCCAGAUUUUCUUACGCCGACAAGCACCCCUAUGCCUUCGCCUCAGUCUCCGGCAACGGUUGGCCAGUGUCUGACACCCAAGGAGCCUUCUCGAACUCUUGCAAGCCGUGCACACAGCACCACCGCUACUUUCGCCAAGGAGAUAACUCGCCGUGCAUUCAACUGGACUUCUUCGGGGAGCAGAGUGAGUCGACAAUCACAAGCUCAACAGACAGAGCAGAUAGCCGAGCAGCGGCGGCAGAGUACAUUUCGAAACAGCAACCUCCCUGUGAUGCAACAUGUGACUUCUGGAGCUGGGGCAAGAGAGAGCACCGAGGGACCCAGCCACAGUGCUCUCCGUCGAACGUUGGAUGCCCAGCAGCAAGCAGCAGUUGCAGCCUCAAUUGGAGAUGACCGCGCACUUACCGGCGAUCCCGAAAAGGAUGCGGGCAUUCGCAAAGCGCACACAUUCGGAAUCACUCCGAACAUCAGGCUUUUUGAGGCCUUGCUGGAACUUUGCUCCGACAAGGGGUACGCUGCAAGGAUGACGGUCCAGGUGUGUGAAGAGCAAAUAAAGGAGUUGCUGUCCUCGCAGCAACUGCCUCCAGAUGCCCCUCCGGCGGCUGUUGAGUCAGCACUCCAUGCUGCUGAGACAUUUACGCGGGCCUUGCUGCAUGCACAGGCCCUCCUUAAGAAGGGAUUAAAGUUGUCUUAUGCUCUAGACAGCUCAGCAAGCCAGACUGCUGAUAUGGAAGACGAUGGUGAUAGGGGAGAGCAAAAUGAGGAAGAGGAUGACCACAAGGAUGGUGCGUCUGAUGCGCACGAGCUGCUUGCACUGGUGGUUGCUUGGUUGGCGAGAGUGCAAUUGCUUCAAACUCUAUUGGGUGCAGGAGUGGCAGCAUCGAUCGAUGACUUACUUAGUGAAGAAAGUGCGUGUGCGCUGCGUGACAGGUUGAUAAAGAAGGAGCGUUACAAUAUGGCUGUCUACGCUUGCAAGAAAUGCAAGGUCGAUCCAGUUCCUGCUUGGGAAGCAUGGGGUCGAGCACUUUUGAUCAUCGAGGACUACAAGGGGGCUCGCACCAAAUUCAGGCAAGCCAUCAAGUCGCAUCUGGGUGAUCCCUCAGACCUAGUACUCCGCGUAGUCCAGGCACUGGAGUUUAACCAGCCUGCAGACAUUGCAGCCGCUCGAUCACUGUAUGCCCAUAUGGUGAAGAGUGUGUCCUGUUCUUCGGAAGAGGCCCUUUCUCAAGAUGCAUAUCUGAAUGUGCUGAACCUGAUGAACGGACCAGCGGUGACGAAACCGCGCCGUUCAUCAGAAGACUCUGGCGAGGGCAGCGGCCAUGGCGGCUCCCAUUUGAACGGUGAUGACUCUGCCGGAAGCUACUUGUCUGAGGUUCGGUACGAAGAAUGUAUCUUUUACUUGAAGCAGUAUUACCCCCGUGAACUGAUGUCAUUCAUGUUUCGCCACGGUCGCUACAUGGAUGCUUGCUUGCUUUUCUUCCCUCUCGACAAGCUUCUCCCGGACCCGCUUAACACUGACUAUGGGACCCUGGACGAACUCUGUGAGCACUGCAUAGCGCACGGUGCCAUGCGCAUUCUGGAGCGUGUGAUCUUGAACCGCAACGGCUCGGAUCAUGCCACUGCACUACACAAUGCUGCAGCUCUUCAGAGGAUAUGUGUGUAUUGUGAGGCACAUCGGCACUUCAAUCACCUCUACAGUUUCCAGGUUCUUCAGAAAGAUCAAGUUGCUGCAGGACUGACCUGCAUUCAGUUGUUCCUGAACUCUGCGCAACAGGAUCAGGCUCUCCGUCAUCUUGAGCAUGCAAAGAAUCACUUCGACAGUGGGCUUGCCGCAAGGCAGCAGGCCACGAUGGAAGGUCAUGGCUCAUCUAGAAUGGGGAUGAGGGGAACCCGAGGUAAGAGUGCAUCUGCACGCCUUACAGAGGAGGAACUGCUGAAGUUCAGCUCCCGCAUAGCCAUUCAAAUGGAAGUUGUCAAGUCCUUCACUGAUGCUGAAGGUCCUCCGUGGAAGUACUCACUGUUUGGAAACCCAAAUGAUGCUGAUACUCACAGGCGUCGCUGUGAGCUUGCAGAGCUUCUUGUAGAGCGCAACUUCGACCUUGCGUUCCGGGUCAUCUACUCUCUUAAUCUGCCAGCCGUCCACAUAUAUGCCGGAGUCGCAGCAAACCUUGCACAGAAACGGAAAAACGGUGCAUUGUGGGAGCUUCUGCGGAAUAUCAACUCCACAAUCGAUGAUGAUGAUUACGAUCAAGUUGUCGGAGCUGCAAUCAAUGUGUAUGUCACAAAACUUAAAGAGCGUCCGGAUGACAGACUUAUCGAGGAGCUGAAAAGUGACCACAGGAAAGUUCUGGCCUGUGUACUGAGCAGGCGGUUGAAGAGUGCUUUCCAGAUUGCAUCUCGAGCAAACAGCAUUCCUGAUGUGCAGCUGGUUGCACACGAAGCGCGGAAGUCUGGUGCUCUUGCAGUGUGGGAUCUUUGCAAACGAUGGCUGGCACACGAGCUGCCAAUGCAGAUGUCACGCUGAUGCCGGCAGGGGGAGAAAGAUAAGGGAAAAAUGCAACUGGAAGCAGACUGCCCUCCCAGCACUGAAGCGGGCAUGAGCUUCUGCAUUAGGAGAUCUGGUUAGGGUGGAUCACAUGCAGAAGAUGCUGUAGGUAACGAGGGACAUGCUUGUGUGCAAAAGAUAGGAUUUUGGAAAUUUGCCGCCGAUCCCUCUGAAGCUGCUGAGACGGCUGUUAGCUUACUAUGUUUACACCUGUGCGUCAUAUCUCCACACGGCUCUUGGGUGACGAGGUCCUGUCCUUUGUAAAAGAUGCUCCUCUGCUCUGCACUCCGUUCUCUGGAAGCCCGAGGCGGAACUGUUAGUUGUCUGUGGGCGCUUCUCUGUUAGGUAUGCCCGGCCUUUUGCCUUCUUUCUUGUAAUACAUAGCCUUGCCACUCACGCUCAUGGAUGGCACCGUGGAGGGGGUGUCAGCAUCCAUCCAUGCAAUAAACCUCCGCUAGUAGUUCUUUCUUCAAUGAUUAAUCUCCACGCGAGUCUGUGAACACAUUGUCAAGAAAGCACAAGUUUAGACAGUCAAGAAGCAGUUAGAGUUGAAGCAUUUUUCAG